AUGACCGAUGGCAAUGCCUUGGUACUACGGCCGGCACAGAUUGAAGCUCUCACAUCCAACUAUUCAGCCCCGUCCAACGAGAACAGCCACCAGUAUGGCGUGGGAUCGAUGAUUGGAGUCGCCUUGGGAGUUGGACUCCCUUUGGCAUUCGCGUUACUCAUGGCUCUGUUGGUGCUGAGAAAGGAGAAACAGAGACAUGCUCUUCAAAACAUGUUUGAGCAGCGCUUGGAGCCGAUGAGUCCUCCUGGGAACUACCGAAGGCGUUCAUUCUCUACACUUUCGAAGUCUGGAACGAUGACAACUAUUGCGUCAGCUUCAACAUUUGUGCCUCAACAACCCAAAGCAUCUCUGCAAAAGUUUGGGUACCACAAAGGAUACUAUGCUCACGAGGGCGACCUCAGUGUACCUGUUUUUGAGCUACCCUCGAACCCCCCGGAGAGGCACGAGAGGGUUGAAGCACCAUGA